CGCGGCCGGCGGGCGCUCCUGUUCGCGGGACCAGCGAGGCGGCGGCCGCUGCUCCAGCCUCCCCUAGCCGCGGGCCCCCGACGCGUCCCAGCCGCCAGCCCACCGCCGCCUUCUCGGCGCGGCCCCCAGCGCAGCCCCACAGGAGACUCUGAAGACCAGCAGGAAAGCAGUGAGCCUUUACAGAAUGAUCCACGAAGAGCACCCUGCUGCUGCUGCUUUAAACCCUGAGAAUGGAUUCAAUUUUGUUGUCUACCAGUAGACCAUCUGAUUGAUUGAAACAUCUUAUUCCCCAACAGUUGCCUUCAUCAGACGUCACAAUGAUUCCCUGCAGAGCCGCGCUGACCUUUGCCCGAUGUCUGAUCCGGAGAAAAAUCGUGACCCUGGACAAUCUAGAAGACACUAAAUUAUGCCGCUGCUUAUCCACCAUGGACCUCAUUGCCCUGGGCGUUGGAAGCACCCUUGGUGCUGGGGUUUACGUCCUCGCUGGGGAGGUGGCCAAGGCAGACUCGGGCCCCAGCAUCGUGGUGUCCUUCCUCAUUGCUGCCCUGGCUUCGGUGAUGGCUGGCCUCUGCUAUGCUGAAUUUGGGGCCCGUGUCCCCAAGACGGGGUCUGCAUAUUUGUACACCUAUGUGACUGUGGGAGAGCUGUGGGCCUUCAUCACUGGCUGGAAUCUCAUUUUAUCGUAUGUGAUAGGUACGUCAAGUGUUGCAAGAGCUUGGAGUGGCACCUUUGAUGAACUUCUUAGUAAACAGAUUGGUCAGUUUUUGAGGACAUACUUCAGAAUGAAUUACACCGGUCUUGCAGAAUAUCCUGAUUUUUUUGCUGUAUGCCUUAUAUUACUUCUAGCAGGUCUUUUGUCUUUUGGAGUAAAAGAGUCUGCUUGGGUAAAUAAAGUCUUCACAGCUGUUAAUAUUCUGGUCCUUCUGUUUGUGAUGGUUGCUGGAUUUGUGAAAGGAAAUGUGGCAAACUGGAAGAUUAGUGAAGAGUUUCUCAAAAAUAUAUCAGCAAGUGCCAGAGAGCCACCUUCUGAAAACGGAACAAGUAUCUAUGGGGCUGGUGGCUUUAUGCCUUAUGGCUUUACAGGAACGUUGGCUGGUGCUGCAACUUGCUUUUAUGCCUUUGUGGGAUUUGACUGCAUUGCAACAACUGGUGAAGAAGUUCGGAAUCCCCAGAGAGCUAUUCCCAUUGGAAUUGUGACGUCUUUGCUUGUUUGCUUUAUGGCCUAUUUUGGGGUCUCUGCAGCUUUAACACUUAUGAUGCCUUACUACCUCCUCGAUGAAAAAAGCCCCCUUCCGGUAGCAUUUGAAUAUGUGGGAUGGGGUCCUGCCAAAUACGUUGUGGCAGCCGGUUCUCUCUGCGCCUUGUCAACAAGUCUUCUUGGAUCCAUUUUCCCAAUGCCUCGUGUAAUCUAUGCUAUGGCGGAGGAUGGGUUGCUUUUCAAAUGUCUAGCUCAAAUCAAUUCCAAAACGAAGACACCAAUAAUUGCUACUUUGUCAUCGGGUGCGGUGGCAGCUUUGAUGGCCUUUCUGUUUGACCUGAAGGCGCUUGUGGACAUGAUGUCCAUUGGCACACUCAUGGCCUACUCUUUGGUGGCAGCCUGUGUUCUCAUCCUCAGGUACCAGCCUGGCUUAUCUUACGAGCAGCCCAAAUUUUCUCCCGAGAAAGAUGGUCUGGAAUCAUCUCCCAGGGUAACCUCGAAGAGUGAGUCCCAGGUCACCAUGCUGCAGAGACAGGGCUUCAGCGUACGGACCCUCUUCUGCCCCUCCCUUCUGCCGACACAGCAGUCAGCUUCUCUCGUGAGCUUUCUGGUAGGAUUCCUGGCUUUUCUCGUGUUGGGCCUGAGUGUCUUGACCACUUACGGAGUUCACGCCAUCACCAGGCUGGAGGCCUGGAGCCUCGCUCUCCUCGCGCUGUUUCUUGUUCUCUAUGUUGCCAUCAUUCUCACCAUCUGGAGGCAGCCCCAGAAUCAGCAGAAAGUAGCCUUCAUGGUUCCAUUCUUACCAUUUUUGCCAGCGCUCAGCAUCCUGGUGAACAUUUACUUGAUGGUCCAGUUGAGUGCAGACACUUGGAUCAGAUUCAGCAUUUGGAUGGCAAUUGGCUUCCUGAUUUACUUUGCUUAUGGCAUUAGACACAGCCUGGAGGGUCGUCUGAGAGAUGAAAAUGAUGAAGAAGAUGCUUAUCCAGACAACAUUCAUGCAGCAACAGAAGAAAAAUCUGCCAUUCAAGCACAUGACCAUCACCCGAGAAAUGUUAGUUUACCUUUCAUAUUCCAUGAAAAGACAAGCGAAUUCUAACACUUGCAGGAGCAGAGCUGGUCAUCGUGUUAGCAUACAUAUCCUACGCUGAGUAAACCGUGACCGGAUGUCAUCAGCAUGCUAGUUUAUCAUGGGUUUGCUGCAUACAUAGUUCACCCUAAUUUAUACUUACUCAUCUGGACAGCAUCUCCUCAGAUGGUGAAUUACAUGCCCGAGGAAACCUUCUGAGUGGAGGUUUCAUUCAUUAGUAAUGAACAGCCCCCAAACAGUGGGAGUAUGUGUACGUUUGUGUGUAUGUAUGUAUCUAUGUAUAUGCUUGGGAACAUGAGUGUUAAAAGUUAGCUGGUAUUUUACUAUUACUGUGUUACAUUUUUCCGGUGUCAUCAUUAAUCGGUGGCAUAUACUGCACAUACUGAAAUAGAGGUAAAUCACUGAAUGUAAAGAGGUUUCGUCUAUGCGCCCUGCAGUUGGGGAAAUACUAGUAGCUUCACCUUGUUUGACUUCAUUAAUGUCAGUUUAGGGGAUGCCAGAAAUACGGUUACUCAUCAUGGUGUCUGUCACUGGUUAGGGGUAAGAUGAGGGGAUAAGGAAAGAGCCUUUUCAAUAAGUUGUGAGUGCCAACAGUGGGUUUAAUGCAGUUUUUUUUUUUUCCUAUGAGGCAUGACAGUUUGCUCAAACCUCAGCCAAUAGGGUGUCUGCUUCUGCUGCACUACACAGGCCAGGAGUGGCAUUCCAUGUCACUAGCUGGCCUCCCUUUGAACUUUGUCUCCUUUGCAAACAGUGGUCCUAAAAUGUGAGGUCUUCACUUGAUGUGAAUGACAUAUCCUCAGUCAGGGACUUAAGAGAGGCACUGUGACUUACUUGGGACCCUUGCAAUUAAAAGGUGAAGAUGGUCACCAUGGCCAGAAAGCUCAUGCAGUGGCCGUAAUGAGAAUAUGUUUGAAGAUCAGAGAGUUAGACCAAUGCUUGAAUAAGCAAACCCCAAGCAUCCCUUUCUAAAAAGUCACUUAAAAUAAGCCAACAGACUCUCCCAGACCACACAACUCGUGGAAUGAUUCAUCCUUUUUCCAUUACUUCCUUAAUCACAGUUUAGUUAUUUUCUUAUCCUCGUCAGGCACAGAGUUCGCUUCUUUGUUUCUGUUUCUUUUGUCUUUUCCUAGAGAUGAGGGCCUGCAGCAGCAUCAUGCAAAGAGGGAAAGACAAAGGGAAAGAAGAGAAAAUCCCCCUGUUGUGAUAUGAACAUGCCUAUUCCAGUAUUAAAUGGCAUCUGGCCCAAUUUAAGGACUUUGGAUUCAAUUUGCCUCUGAUGUUUCUUUUGGAAACAUUUAGGAAUGUUUUCCUCCCCCUACUCCAUAAAUUGUUUAGCACUUUUUAUUCCAUUUGCUUUCAAAUGACCACACUAAGCCCGUUAACACAAGCUCCCGUGUUAAAUAUAAUAACCCAUCAGUGAUUGGGGAAUCAAAUAUUUUGGUUAAAAAAACACGGUUAUUUAAAACUCUAAACUAAAAAAAAUUAAUCAAAUUGAAUUAAAGCUAUAUAAACACAGUUACCCUUGUAAAUGAGCAAAUAAAUUUUUCCGUGUAAGAUUCUCUCAUUGUUAUAUUUUACUUUUUAGGCUUCCCUAAUAGCGGACUAUUUAUUUGCAGUGUGUUUUGCUUCUCAUGAACUAUUUUUUGUACAAAUCAUUAAACAGUUAAUUGGAUGAGGCUGGGUGACAUUUCCCGGGACACCGUGGCGAACAUUACCAAGCAUGCUAGCUGACCCACAUAAUCCAAAGGCAAGGAAAACAUUUGUUUUCCUCAUGGGUCUUCCAAGAAAUCAGCUAUUUUAUUGUUGCCAUUAGAAAGCAAGUUGCAGUGGUUUUCUAUAGCCAAGAGUUUAUUGUGAUUAAACAUCAAACAGGUAGAAAGCCUGGGUUUCUGGCUGCUAGUGUUACAGCAUCCGUGACACAGAACUCAUUACGGACAUUCCACAACUUCCAGGGUGCACAUGGUAAAAUCUGAAGCCCAGAAUUUUCUCUCAAGCUGCGUGUUUUACUGGAGAGAAGGAGUUGGAUAAGCACAGCAUCGGAUAUUUUGGUAGGAGCUGUAGGCAUGCUCAGAAAUCCUUGCUGUUGUCACAGUACACUAAAAACAUGUUUGAUUCUAUACUCAAUCUAGAGUAGGCCCUUCACGCAGGAAAUGUGAACAAUUGUUAUAUAUGAACACUCAAAUCUUUUACUGUAAUGCAAUCAAGAAACUUGUUUAGAAUGUGAUAGGCAGCUAAAACUGUUAGGCCCACUGUGCUCAAUUUGAAGCGGAAUUCGGUGAAAAAUUAUUUUUCCACAUUGAAACACUUUGCAGACACAAAUAUCUAUGAAAAAAUGCUUUGUCAGCCACUGUGCCUUUUUUUCUGUGAAGACUCAAUGGAUGUGUGUGUUUGUAUGUUAACAGUUACGUAUGUAUGUGAGUGUAUAGGUAUCUGUGUGUGUGUAUUUCAAACGUCAGUGUAUCAGUAAGUUGGGUUUAUGGUGGGCUUUGGCUAUAUCAUUAUGUGGGUACCAAACCCAACUGCUGUGGAGAAAAAUUAAUGUUUGAUGUUGAUAGAUAUGCUUAUACCUAAUUUUUAGUUUUUAAACUAUUUUAAAAUAUACUAUGAUUUUAUAUGUAUAUUUCCUAUAGAUAGACUCUUUAAGAAGUAUUUAUAAUGUUUCUAAUACGAAGUCACUCAGCUCUAGUGCAUUAUAGCAGGUGCUUUGUAAUCUGGAAUGGAGAGGAGGUGGGGGCAUUUGGGGAUUCCUGUUUACUUGUUCCUGCCACACCUUUUCCGACAGAUCUGUCCUGGUAGGUGUUUAUUAGCAAGUCAGUAUCACCAGCUGUUUGGCACCUUUCUGUUUCUACAUUUGAAUUCAUAAUGUUUUCAACUACAUUUUUUUUUUUUUUAAUGUCUCAGAAUUACCUAAAUGUUUUGUGGAGUUUUGACUAGUAAUCAAUCAAAAUUAUAUAAAGUCUUCUCCAGUAAUGAAGAAAUACAUAUGCAAAUUCUUUCAUGAUUAAGUAAAAGCAGCUUCAAUUACUUUUCUACCCUAAGAAAUAUAUUCUCAGCAUUUUCAGUGAGAAUUUCUUCUAAUGGCACCUCAAUUUUAUACUCUUAAAAAAAA